AUGGAACUGUUCUAUACUUCUUUCUUUCUUUUUUGUUCUUUGCUUCUUUUUUCUUUCUUUCUUUCUUUCUCCUUUCAUUAUUUAUCUCUCUCUCUUUCUUUCUUUCUUUCUUUGUUUUGUUCUUUCUUUCUUUUUAUAUUCCAUUCUUUAUCCUUUUCUUAUCAUUAUAUUCUUUCUUUCUUUUUGUUCUUUCUUUCUUUCUUUUUAUAUUUCCUUCUUUAUCAUUUUUUUCGUCAUAUUUUUUUCUUUCUUUUUUCAUUCAUUGAUGGAUUUAUUCUUUCUUUCUGUCAUUCUUUCUUUCUCGCUUUCUUUCUUUUGUUUUUUUUUCCUUUUCCAACAGGAACAUUUUACUUCAAUUUUCUUUCUUUUUUCUUGCUUUCUUUUUUUCAUCUUUUUUUUCUUUGUGUCUUUCUUUCUUUCUUUCUUUUUUUCUUUCAACUUAUUUUCCAACAGGAACUUUUUAUUACAUUUUCCCGCUACUUUGUUUUUCUUUCUCUCUCUAUUUUUUCUUUCUUUCUUCCUUUUUUCUUUUUUCUUCCUUUUUUCUUUUUUCUUUCUUUUUGUUCUUUCUUUCUCCUUUUCUUUUCAUUAUUUUCUUUCUUUCUUCUUCUUUCUUUCUCCUUUUCUUUUCAUUAUUUUCUUUCUUUCUUUCUUUCUUUUCCUUUUCUUUUCUCCUUUUUUCUUUUUUCAUUUUUUUUCUUAUUUUCUUCUUCUUUCUUUCUCCUUUUCUUUUCAUUAUUUUCUUUCUUUCUUUCACCUUUUCUUUUCAUUAUUUUCUUUCUUUCUUCUUCUUUCUUUCUCCUUUUCUUUUCAUUAUUUUCUUUUUCUUUCUUUCUCCUUUUCUUUUCAUUAUUUUCUUUCUUUCUUCUUCUUUCUUUCUCCUUUUCUUUUCAUUGUUUUCUUUCUUUCUUUCUUUCUCCUUUUCUUUUCAUUAUUUUCUUUCUUCCUUUCUUUCUAUAUUUUUCUUUGUUUUACAACAUGAACAACUUACCCAGUCGCUCGCUCGCUCGCUCGCUCGCUCGAUCUAUCUAUCUAUCUAUCUAUCUAUCUAUCUAUCUAUCUAUCUAUCUAUCUAUCUAUCUCAGACAAUUCAUUCUUGUCGGUCUAUAUCUAUCUAUCUAUCUAUCUGGGCCUUCUCUCUCUCACUAUUCUUUUUCAGCCAGUUACUCACUGACUCUAUCUAUCUUUCUCUCUCUCGCUCUCUCUGUAUAUAUAUAUAUAUAUAUAUAUAUAAUAUUCGCCUAUCUAUCUAUCCUAUCUAUCUAUCUAUCUAUCUAUCUAUCUAUCUAUCUAUCUAUAUAUGUUCAUUUUCAGCCAGUCACUCCUUCGCUUAAUCUAUCUAUCUAUCUAUCUAUCUAUCUAUCUAUCUAUCUGAAAUAUAGAAAAUAA